CCCCAGGUGCCCUACCAGCCCUCCAGCCCCCAGCAGGUGGCCAACGCGCUGGCGCUGCUGCGGGGCCGCGCCGGUAAGACCGUGGAUCUGGGAUCCGGAGAUGGACGGCUCGUGCUGGAGGCUCACAGGCAGGGGCUGAGGCCAGCCCUGGGCUAUGAGCUCAACCCCUGGCUGCUGUGCCUGGCCAACUACCGUGCCUGGAAGGCCGGGUGCCACGGGAGUGUCUCCUUCCUGAAGAAGGAUCUGUGGAAGGUGGAUCUUUCUGACUGCCACAACGUGAUCGUGUUCCUGGCCCCCAGCGUGAAACCUCCCUUGGCCACCAAGCUGCUGGCAGAGCUGCCCGACGACGCCCGGGUGGUGGCCGGGCGCUUCCCCUUCCCCUGCUGGACCCCCAGCAGCAGCCUGGGGCAGGGCCUGGAGCAGGUCUGGGCCUAUGACAUGAAGGAGGUGCGGAGAGAGGCGCAGGGCAGCGCCCAGGAAAGCCAGGUCCGAGCCCAGCCUCGCUAAGCCUGGUUUAGCACCAGCCUCGUUAAGCCUGGCAUUAACGGUCAGAGCCGCUCCAGCCCUUGGCUCAGCUCAGGACAGAAGUGCUUGGCCAGCAUUUGUCCUGGGGACUUGCAGGGUUGCAUUCCUUCGUUUUUCCAGAGUGUGAGCAAAGCAAGGGAGGAGAAAAUCAAACCUAGAAAUCCUGGCGUUAAUGCAGGAUUUAAGGGUUGAAGCUCCAGUGCCUCAUUUUGGACGAUUGCUAUUU